CAGCAUCCUCUCGGUGCCAUAGACCUUACGCAAGAGCGCACAGUCUCACCAAAAUGUGCACUCAACACGCUUUGGGAGGAGCUAAGGGUUCGUUCCCUCUUGUUUCGCACCUUGCGAAAGUCGAGGUCCUUCGAAAGGGAAAUAUAGUGCGAAAAGUCCUCAGGAGUGUGACCAGCUGAGAACCAGGCAUCAAUGAACAUGAGUCCCACUGACUCAUCAAACGGCACAGGGGAGGGGGCGGCCACGGAGGGGGCCACGGAGACCGUGAGCUACCACUGGAUACCGGUUCCGGGUAACUCCAGCAUAGACUUCCACAGACCCGAUUUCGGCUCGGACAUCACCAAACACCUGGGGGUCCAGAUCGUCCUGAUCCUGGCCUACUCGCUCAUCAUCCUCCUGGGGCUGCUGGGGAACUCGCUGGUCGUCUACAUGAUCAUCCGCUACAAGAACAUGCGCACCGUCACCAACUUCUUCAUCGCCAACCUGGCCCUGGCGGACCUGCUGGUGGACACCCUGUGCCUGCCCUUCACCCUGGUCUACACGCUGCUGGACGAGUGGAAGUUCGGCGCCGUGCUGUGCCACAUGGUGCCCUACGCCCAGGCUCUCAGCGUGCACGUGUCCAUCCUGACCAUGGCCAUCAUCGCGCUGGAGCGCUACCGCUGCAUCGUCUUCCACCUGGGCCAGCGGCUCACCUGGCGCACCAGCUUCCUCAUCAUGGCCCUCACCUGGGCCAUCUCGGCCGUGCUGGCCGCGCCGCUGGCCAUCUUCCGGGAGUACCGCUACGAGGAGAUACCCUCCAUCGACCUGCGCAUCGCCGUGUGCUCCGAGAAGUGGCCGCACGGCACCGGCCGCGACGGCGUCAUCUACAGCCUGGCCAUGCUGCUGCUGCAGUUCAUCCUGCCGCUGGCCGUCAUCAGCUACGCCUACGUCUGCAUCUGGCUGAAGCUCAAGAACCACGUGAGCCCGGCCACCCACAGCGAGAGCCUGCGCCGCCGCAGGAAGACCACAAAGAUGCUGGCCCUGGUGGUGGUGGUGUUCGCCACGUGCUGGCUGCCCUUCCACGUGUUCCAGCUGGCCAGCGACCUGGACCUGGUGCUGCGCUUCAAGGAGUACAAGCUCAUCUACACGCUGUUCCACAUCGUGGCCAUGUGCUCCACCUUCACCAACCCCGUGCUGUACGGCUGGAUGAACAAGAACUACAGGAACGGCUUCCUCAUGGUGUUCCGGUGCACGGACAAGCCGGAGAGCUUCCACACGGAGGGAUCCUUCAGGACGCGGUCGCUGCGGCGGCUCACUAUGAGCAGCCGUCACUGCGCCCACCAUCCCACCCCGGUGUGAGGGGUCCAGGCGUUGGGCCGUUCCCCGUCGUUGUAAAGGAAAGACAGACCUCAUGGCAUUUUGUGAUUUUCAGUUCAUCUGCAAAAAUAUAUGACCGUAACAUUUUGUUCUGAACACCACAAUGUUAACUGAGAACAUCUUGCAUGUGUAUAUUUUUUGAAUGCUGCAUUCUUUGUAAAGAAAUGUAUUAAUCUGUGAAAUAUGUUUGUAUGAGGUAUGCUAUUGUUUUUAUUUUUUUAAGGAUUAAGGGGACAUUUAAUCUUAUAAAUUGCGUUUAUACAUGUCCAUAAGAGGCUGUAACACUGUGCGGACCGACCGUAGUGGACAUAUGAAUUAUUUGUGUAUGAAAAACUAAACUCCUUCUCUUCUGUGGUGGUUGAUGUAUUUUCAACUAUGACAACACAAUAAUGAACUAAACAGUAAUGAGUCAUGGGGGAGCAAAGAGCUCUCAAUGCCACUAUCAGCAAACGAUGUAAUAAAACACAUUUGUAUUCAAUGACAACCAAGUAACGACAUGCAAGUAUUGACUCGUUGUUGUAGAAUGUGUCUUUGUUUGUGUAAUUGAGAACCAUCAAAUAAGUAGUAGGUUGUUUAUAUUUCAUGUCGGUUAACAGUAUGAAAAAAUAUACAUGAAGUUUGCGUACAAAUAUAUUAAAAAUAUAUAUUAAAAAAUGA